UACGGCCGGCAACCGCCCCCCGCCGCCGCCGCCGCCGCCAACCCUGCGGCCGCAGAAGGCGAGCGUGGCAGCCGCCCGCCUGCUUGCCCUCCGCGCUUGCCCCGCGUCCCUGCGGGUGUCCCGGAGUCGCCGCGCCGCGGAGGCGGCCCGCGCCCGCCCUGCCGGUCGCCAUCAUCCCGGCGUGCACCGCGGCGGCGGGCGGGCCGGCGGCCAUGUUGCGAUAGUCUGUUGUUUUCGUCCUGCGGAGGAGCCGGGCCGGAGUGGCCGAGACCGCCGGCCGUCUCGCCCUGUCCCCGGCCCCGGCCCGCCGCCCCCCGCCCCCCGCCCCCCGCGCGCUGCCGCGCGUCCCCGGGCCCCGGCCGGCCGGCGGCCCACCGCCUGGCUUGGCGGGGCGACCCUGAAGGCCGGGCCCGCGAGCACCAUGGCGGCCGCCCUGGGAGCCGGCGGAGGAGCCGGCGCCGGAGAUGAUGACUUUGACCAGUUUGAUAAGCCGGGUGCAGAGCGGUCGUGGAGAAGAAGAGCUGCGGACGACGACUGGGACAGUGAACUCGAAGAUGACUUACUUGGAGAAGACUUGCUGUCUGGCAAAAAGAAUCAGUCGGAUUUAUCAGAUGAAGAGCUGAAUGAUGAUCUUUUACAAAGUGAUAAUGAAGAUGAAGAAAAUUUCAGUUCUCAGGGUGUCACCAUUAGUCUGAACACCACAUCUGGCAUGGUCACGUCAUUUGAACUGUCUGACAACACGAACGACCAGUCUGGGGAACAGGAGUCCGAGUAUGAGCAAGGAGAGGACGAGCUUGUUUAUCACAAGUCCGGGGGAUCGGAACUGUAUGCUCACGAGUACCCGGAGGAAGGACAGUACGAAGGCCAUGGCGCUGAGCUGACGGAGGACCCCAUCGAGUAUGUGGAGGAGCCGGAGGAGGGGCAGCUGUACAGUGAUGAAGUGUUAGACAUCGAGAUCAAUGAGCCCCUUGAUGAAUUCACAGGAGGUAUGGAAACUUUGGAACUACAGAAGGACAUAAAAGAAGAAUCAGAUGAGGAAGAUGAUGAUGAUGAAGAAUCUGGACGAUUGCGUUUCAAAACUGAAAGGAAAGAAGGAACAAUUAUUAGGCUCUCAGAUGUAACUAGAGAGAGAAGGAACAUUCCAGAAACUUUGGAGCUUUCAGCCGAAGCCAAAGCUGCGUUGCUUGAAUUCGAAGAAAGAGAGCGACAGCAUAAGCAGGGACGCUAUGGUUCGAGGCGGGGAGGAAGGAGAGGAGGCCCGUUAGUGUGUCGUGGAAUGGGAGACCAGAGGAGAGAGAACAGUGAGCGCGCAAGAAUAAAGGACCACAGACCUGCCCUGCUUCCGACGCAGCCUCCUGGAGUGACGCACUCUCCAAGAUUAAUCCCUCCCGCGCAGCCUCAGCCGCCACCGCCGCCGCCGCCGCCGCCGCCGCCGCAGCAGCCCAUCAGGAGCCUGUUCCAGCAGCAGCCCCUGCAGCCCCUGCUGCCCCUGCAGCACCCGCAGCACGCCCCGUCUCCCCAGGGGGCGCACGUGCCGCCCCAGAUGGAGGCCCCACGCCUGAUGAUCACCCCGCCCCCGGUGACCCCGCAGCAGCCCAAGAACAUCCACAUAAACCCCCACUUCAAGGGGGCGGUGGUGACGCCCGUGCAAGUGCCCCUGCUGCCAGGCCCGAGCCAGCCGAGACCUGCUGUGGGGCCCCCGAGACUGCCCGGCCCCCCGGAGUUCCCGCAGCACACGCCCGGGCCGGUCCCCGGCACCUUCAGCCAGCCGCCGCGGCUCCCGCUCCAGGACCAGUGGAGAGCGCCGCCGCCGCCGCAGGAGCGGGACCCCUUCUUCCUGGGCGUUUCAGGCGAACCGAGGUUCCCGAGUCACCUGUUCCUGGAGCAGCGCAGCCCCCCGCCGCCGCCGCCGCCGCCCACGCUCCUCAGCGGCACGCACCCCGUGCCCGCCCCCAGCCCCCUGCCCUUCACCCAGCCCGGGCCGGCCUUCAGCCAGCAGGGCCAGCAGCCCGUGUUCCCCAGGGAGAGGCCCGUGCGGCCCGCGCUGCAGCCGCCGGGGCCGCUGGGGAUCCUGCACUUCAGCCAGCCCGGCUCGGCGGCCGCGCGGCCCUUCAUCCCGCCGCGGCAGCCCUUCCUGCCCAGCCCGGGCCAGCCCUUCCUGCCGGCGCACGCGCAGCCCAGCCUGCAGGGGCCUCUGCACCCGCCGCUGCCCCCUCCGCACCAGCCGCAGCCGCAGCCGCAGCCCCCGCUGCAGCCGCAGCACCAGCCGCCGCUGCAGCCGCCCCCGCAGCACCAGCCGCCCCCGCAGCCGCAGCACCAGCCUCCGCACCAGCCGCAGCCGCAGCCGCAGCCCCCGCUGCAGCCGCAGCACCAGCCGCCGCUGCAGCCGCCCCCGCAGCACCAGCCGCCCCCGCAGCCGCAGCACCAGCCUCCGCACCAGCCGCAGCCGCACCAGCACCACCACCACCUGUCCGUCCCGCCGCCGCCGCUGAUGCCCAUGGCUCAGCCGCAGUUCCGGCCUCACCUGCAGGCGGCGCAGCCCCAGCCCGGCGGCGCUCGGAUGCAGUGUCCCCAGCGCCAGGGGCUCCGGCACAAUACCACGUCUCAGAGUGUCACCAAGCGGCCAAUGCAGCAGAUGCAGCCCACUGCCCCCAGGAACAGUAAUUUGCGCGAGUUGCCCAUCGCCCCUGCGCACGUCAUGGAGAUGAGUAGCAGUCGCUGCUGCUCCACGCCUGCAGCGCAAGUGAAACCUGUAAUCAGCACCUCCCCACCUGCCAGGCCUGGUGCAGGGUCCAGGGCCGCGCAGGGGAAGACUGAAGCCAAGGUCAAGCCACUUAGCCCUGUGGUUCAACCCAAAGAAGAAGCAAAGACAGAACCAGAGUUUCCCGACGAGGAUGAGGAGACGCGCCUGUACCGCCUGAAGAUCGAGGAGCAGAAGCGCCUCCGGGAGGAGAUCCUGAAGCAGAAGGAGCUGCGGCGGCAGCAGCAGGCGGGCGCCAGGAAGAAGGAGCUGCUGGAGCGGCUGGCCCAGCAGCAGCAGCAGCUCCACCUGCCCUCCGCCCCGGCCGAGCCCGACGAGCGGGCCGCCUCUCCGGCCCCUGCCAACGGGAACCCGCUCCUGCCCUUCCCGGGCGCGCCUGCCAGACCCACUGUGAAGAACAGGCUCCUUGUGAAGAACCAGGACGGCCCUGCCGCCAGCGUGCCGCCCAAAGCAGCCGCUGCCGCCGCACAGUACCAGGGACCACAGGCCCGGCCGCCCAAGGUGCCCCGGCAGGCCAGGGCCGUGCCGCAGAGCCCAGGCCCGCACAGAGGCCCGCCCGGGAAGCCCGCCGACGCUGAGGGGCCGCCGCCGCUGCCCCCGCAGACUGCCCGAGCUGCCCCGCAGGCCCGGCCCCCGGACGCCAAGCCCGGCGCCAAGAGGACCGUCAUGCACCGGGCCGGCGGCGGCAGCGGAGAUGGGCCGCACGUCAGCUCCAAGGUCAGGGUGAUUAAGCUGUCAGGCGGGCAGGGAGGAGAGAGCGACGGCUUUUUUCACCCCGAGGGCCAGCCCCAGCGGCUCCCGCAGCCCCCGGAAGCCCGACAGCUGCCCGCCCGCAAGGUGACGCUGACCAAAGGGGCGCCGCAGCAGCCCCUGCACCCGCCGGUGGGGGCCCACGUGCACCCGGCCGGCCCCCCAGGCAUCAAGAGCAUCCAGGGAGUCCAUCCGGCCAAGAAGGUCAUCAUGCACGGGAGAGGCCGAGGCGUGGCGGGUGCCAUGGGCCGGGGACGCCUCAUGCCCAACAAGCAGAACUUGCGGGUGGUGGAGUGUAAGCCUCAGCCGUGCGUCGUGUCCGUCGAAGGGCUGUCUUCGUCCACCACUGAUGCCCAGCUGAAGAGCCUGCUGACGUCCGUCGGGCCCAUCCAGAGUUUACAGAUGCUUCCCCAGCAACGGAAAGCCAUAGCGAAGUUCAAGGAACCAGCUCAUGCGUUAGCAUUUCAGCAGAAAUUCCACAGGCACAUGAUAGAUCUGUCCCACAUAAACGUGGCCCUGAUCGUCGAGUGAUCUCUGACAGGAGACGCCGACCCGACACCGCACACUCGCUGUGGGAUUUCUUCAGGGAAGCCACGGCGCAUGGCCCCGCGAGCACAGGCUUCUCCGCGCACGGCCUUGCGGAACUGUUGUCUGGAGAGCGGCCGGCCCGGCGAGGACUCCAGCAGAGCCGGACUUGGGGACGUGGCGGCCCGGCUUCGGGGUCACACUGCUUCCCGUUCUGUUGUCACCACAGAGAGCUACACUUUCCGUUUUCUUUUGUUUUCAAAGUGCUUACGAUGCAUGUAGACCUUGUUCGUGAUCGUGCUGUGUGACCGAUCACAGUGACGUAGGUGCAGGGAGGGACGUUAGCGCCACCAAUUCCGAGUAGUUUCCACAGCAAAGAACACUUGAUAAUGGUUGCACCCAUCUUCAGCGCAGGGACCCCGCUGGCUCCUCAGCCCCUGGAAGGCUCUGGGAAGGACGUAGAUGACAAUUGGGGCGGUGGUGAUGACGGCCAGCCACCUGUCCUGGGGAGCAGGCCGGGAGGGUGGGUGCGAGUGAUGCCAGCUGCGUGGCGGAUUCUGCUUCUUGUAAAUAACUCCUAACGCACCGACUGGGUGUUCCUAGUUCCUGAGGGCCCCCC